GGGAUCCGAUGGCACCAAAGCAAAGGACUUUGGCAACAAAUACAUACACAUGCGACUUUCUCCUCCAAACCUACCCAACCAAACCAAAACCAAAAGCAUCCAUCCGAUCGGGCAAGCCAGAAACACAAAACAAAUUCCCCAAUCCCAUUCCCGAAAUCCCAUCUAAUCUUUUUAAUUUUGUUUUCCUGUCCAAGCAGUAAUGAGGAGGCAGCAGCAGCAGGGGCAGAGAAAACGAAAAGCGCCAAGAGAACAACAACGCACCAGCAGCAUCAUCAUCGACGGAGCAAAGAAGAUUAGAUGCUGCGAGCACAAAAAAAUCCCCAAAGGAAAAAAAGUCCGAGCCCCCACUGCCCGAGAGAAAAAAGAUCCCACCCCGAGCCGUCAAAAUCCAAUCUUUGACGGACGCGUCCCCUCUAUCCCCUACUGUUCUCCAGUUUGUUUGCGGCUCCGCGAUAAUUAUUGGUAGCCCCGGUUGGUGCUGCUGCUAAUUGCUCUCCCCUAAUCCGCGAAUCUCCGCCUGAUUCUUUCUGGUCCGGGUUCUUGGAGGGAGGAGCAGGUUUCUUGGAUUCAUUCGCCCGGGCUCGGCUCGAUCGGGAUGGAUGGGGUCGCGUCCAAUUCGCCGCCACCACCACCACAAGUACAAGGCUUCUUUUUUAUUGUUUCCGGAGUGGGAUUUGCCUUUGCGCUGUGAAGAGCUAUUUCGGCAAGGGAUUCUUCUUUGUUAGGGCUCCCGUCUUCUCUUCUCCCCCACGCUUUACUCUUUUCUCCCUGCCCAGCCCCCCAAAUCGAAUCCCCUUCCUCCGCCCCCUCCGCGGCCGGAUCCAAGACCCUCGAUUUCGCCCGCGCCGCCGCCGAUUUGGCCCCGAAAUCCGCCUCCUGGGUUCCAUGAAGGCCUGAGGUGAAUUCCCGUGACCUGCUUUGCUGCGGCCAUGUCGCAAAUCCAGAGCUUGUCGCGCCAGAGCUGCGUGCUGCUCGCCGUGCUCUGUGGUAAGCACGCAGACAAGCGGACGCCGCCGGGGAGGUCCGGGCCGGAAGCCAAACGGCUGCGGCCGUCCUAUCCGUUUCCGGAGCUCAGCUCAGCGGGGAGAUUGGAGGUGCACACGCUGUACAAUCCAACACCUGAGCAGUUCCUUGAGGCGCAGCGGGUGGUGCAGCCCAACUUCUUCUACAUCCAAGGGCAGCGGCUGGAAGAUGAGAAGGAGAUUGGUUCGCUCGUCUGGGGAGACGUCGACAUGUCUGACCCGCAGUCGUUUAUCUGCCUCAUCAGCCCACCGUUCCCGACGAUUGUUUAUCUGGAGGUUCCCAUUGGCGAAAAACUUGCCCAAGCAGUUCAUUCAAAGGGUAUUCCAUAUGUAAUAUACUGGAGAAAUUCAUUUUCAUCUUAUGCAGCAUCCCAUUUUCGCAAUGCAUUGUUGUCAGUAGUUCAAAGCUCGGUGAGCCAUACAUGGGAUUCCUUUCAGCUUGCUCAUGCGUCCUUUCGACUAUACUGUGUAAGAAACAAUCAUGUACAAAGUGUUAAGCUUGGGCCUCGUCUACUUGGGGAUUCUCCAAAGAUAAAUGUAGUCCCUCCCGAGAAUGAAAUGGUCGAGGAAGAAGGUUCUUCUGAAGUGUCACCAGCUAUAAAAAUAUAUGAUGAUGACAUCAACAUGAAAUUUCUUCUCUGUGGAGUACCAAGCAGUCUGGAUCCUUGUUUGCUGGGCUCAUUAGAAGAUGGUCUGAAUGCGCUUCUGAAUAUUGAAAUACGUGGGAGUAAACUUCAGAAUCGAAUCAGUGCUUCUCCACCACCUCUUGAAGCAGCUUCUUUACCACGUGGAAUGGUAACCAUGCGUUGCGAUAUAACUACUUGCAGUUCUUCUCAUGUGUCACUUCUUGUUUCUGGCAGUGCACAAACAUGUUUUGAUGACCAGCUUCUAGAAAGCCACAUCAAAAAUGAACUCAUCGAGAAGAGCCAGCUAGUCCGUGCUCUCGCAAAUAGUGAGGAUAAGUUAUCAUCAGCUGAGCCUUUCACUUCCAUGUCCACAGCUUGUGGGGCUUCUACCUUUGAAGUCUGGAUGACCCUUCCUAAGUGGGCAGGACAGGUUUUGAAGCAUCUAGCACCAGAAAUUUCAUACAGGAGCCUAGUUGCACUUGGAGUCGGGUGCAUAAAUGCUACUCCUGUUGCUUCAUUCGACAGACAAGAUGCAGAUCGUCUUCUUUUCUUUUGUACCAGUCAAAGGAAAGAUUUAGCCAGUGAAAACGGCUCGUAUUUUCAUCUGCCAAGAUGGUCAGCCUCGCUUAUCAAGGACAGAUCAAAGACGGGUUCAGAAUCAAAAUCAAAUUUGUUAGGUGUGAAUGGAACUAUAGAGGACAAGAAACCCCCUGCUAUAGGGCCUUCCUCGCUGACAUCCUUCAAGGGAAAAUUGAAGCCUGCAACUAUGAGGCCUAUUCCUCACUCUCGACAGCAGCAAAUGCAUCCUUUUAUGGGUCUCCCUGAAGCUAACGCUCAUGAAACUAGUCAGUCCAAGCCAAACUUGCCAGUUGCUCUACCUGUUAAGCAUAAUUCAGCACCUGCUGCUACAGCAGCACAUAGAAAAUCAACAGGGCCAUCUCAUGCUCAAUCAAUCAUUCAGUUGAAUCCUCUUCCAAUGAAGAAACAUGGAUGUGAUCGGUUGCCCAUCCAAGUGUGUUCCGAGGGGGACUUUUUGAAGGAUGUCAUGCAGUUUUUAAUUCAAAGGGGCCACAAUCGACUCGUUCCUCAUGGAGGUUUAGCUGAAUUUCCUGAUGCAGUCCUUAAUGCAAAACGCCUUGAUCUCUAUAACUUGUACAAAGAGGUUGUGUCCAGGGGUGGCUUUUAUGUGGGCAACGGUAUAAACUGGAAGGGUCAAGUAUUUUCGAAGAUGCGAAACCAUACUGUUACAAAUAGAAUGACUGGUGUCGGGAACACACUGAAAAGGCACUACGAGACUUACUUGCUGGAAUAUGAGCUAUCACACGAUGACGUGGAUGGGGAAUGUUGUUUGCUUUGUCACAGUAGCGCUCCUGGAGACUGGGUGAACUGUGGUUUAUGCGGCGAAUGGGCUCAUUUCGGUUGUGAUAGACGACAAGGGUUGGGCACUUUCAAGGAUUACGCGAAGACGGAUGGGUUGGAAUACAUUUGCCCCCAUUGUAGUCUAGCAAAUUAUAAGAAGAAGCCACCGCCACCCCAGAAAGUAGCUAACGGCUUUGCGAACACAGUCCCCUUAUCACGAAAUGUUUAGUCCUCUUCUCUCUUUGUUUUUUGUUUUUGCCGUUAUUGCCCCAAGUUUUGGGGCGAUGAGUCAGUAGAAUAUAGGGCCUGAUAGAGAGGGGGGAGGCUUUGUAGUGUUGAUCUGUAUUAUCCAUUAAUUUGGUUCAGUGUAGGAGCUUAAGUUUUUCUAUAGCAUGUAACAACUGACAACACAGAGAGGCUACUACAGUAGUUGGCCAGAUCAAGUGUAAGCGCCUGUUGAUAUAAAUCAAUCUGUAUCUCCAGUUUCCCUUGCCA